GGUGUCCCCUCCUUCCCGCGAUUUCGUGGCUCCUCACGCUGCCCCCACCCCCUCCCGCGUCCAGCCCCGCGCUCCCCACCUUGUAACACAAAGCCGGGGAAAAUGCCUGCCCGUGCAGCUCGGAGCGCGCAGCCCGCCUCUGAAUAAGAAUGGCGGCACCUGACUUGCUGGAUCCAAAAUCUGCCGCUCAGAACUCCAAGCCCAGGCUCUCGUUUUCCACGAAACCCACCGUGCUUGCUUCCCGGGUGGAGAGUGACACGACCAUUAAUGUUAUGAAAUGGAAGACGGUCUCCACGAUUUUCCUGGUGGUUGUCCUCUACCUGAUCAUCGGCGCCACCGUGUUCAAAGCAUUGGAGCAGCCUCACGAGAUUUCCCAGAGGACCACCAUCGUGAUCCAGAAGCAAACCUUCAUUUCCCAGCACUCCUGUGUCAACUCGACUGAGCUGGACGAGCUCAUCCAGCAAAUAGUGGCAGCAAUAAAUGCAGGGAUUAUACCGUUAGGAAACACCUCCAAUCAAAUCAGUCACUGGGACUUGGGAAGUUCCUUCUUCUUUGCUGGCACUGUUAUUACCACCAUAGGGUUUGGAAACAUCUCACCACGCACAGAAGGGGGGAAAAUAUUCUGUAUCAUCUAUGCCUUACUGGGAAUUCCCCUCUUUGGUUUCCUGUUGGCUGGAGUUGGAGAUCAGCUAGGGACUAUAUUUGGAAAAGGAAUUGCAAAAGUGGAAGAUACGUUUAUUAAGUGGAAUGUUAGUCAGACCAAGAUUCGCAUCAUCUCAACAAUCAUAUUUAUACUGUUUGGCUGUGUGCUCUUCGUUGCUCUGCCUGCUAUCAUAUUUAAGCACAUAGAAGGCUGGAGUGCUCUGGACGCCAUUUACUUUGUGGUUAUCACUUUAACAACCAUUGGAUUUGGUGACUAUGUUGCAGGUGGAUCCGAUAUUGAAUACCUGGACUUCUAUAAGCCUGUCGUGUGGUUUUGGAUCCUCGUAGGACUUGCUUACUUUGCUGCUGUCCUGAGCAUGAUUGGAGACUGGCUCCGAGUGAUUUCGAAAAAGACAAAGGAAGAGGUGGGAGAGUUCCGAGCCCAUGCUGCCGAGUGGACGGCCAAUGUCACGGCUGAGUUCAAGGAAACCAGGAGGCGGCUGAGUGUGGAGAUCUAUGACAAGUUCCAGCGCGCCACCUCCAUUAAGCGGAAGCUCUCUGCAGAACUGGCUGGGAACCACAACCAGGAGCUGACCCCUUGUAGGAGGACCCUGUCCGUGAACCACCUAGCCACCGAGAGGGAUGUCUUGCCUCCCUUAUUGAAAACUGAAAGUAUCUAUUUGAAUGGAUUGACGCCACACUGUGCAGGGGAGGAAAUUGCUGUUAUUGAAAACAUUAAAUAGCCCUCUCUUUGAAGAGCCUUAGGCAUAGCCAUAGGUGAGGACUUCUAUAUGCUCUUUAAGACUGUUGCUGGUAGCAUUUUUAAAAAUUGUGCAUGAACUCCAAAAGGGGGAAAAUAGAUACACCCAUCACGGUCAUCUACCAUCAAGAGAAUUUGGAAUUCCGAGCCAGCACUAUCUCUUUGAUGAUGCUUGUACGGUCUAUUUUCUUUGACCAGUGGAAUAAAACAAGCAAUGUCUGAUGCCUUUCUGUGCCCAGACUGUUUUUCUCCCUUUUUCCUAAUGUGCCAUGAGGCUUCAGAAUGAAUUAUAAUUGUUUCUGGUCAUAAUGUAGCUUCGAGGGAUGAGUCCUUAACUUUUCAGGGUCUACCUAACUGAGCCUAGAUACGGACCAUGUAUGGAUGACAACAUUUCUUUUUGUAAAUGGCAAGAAAUUCUUAUGCAGCCUUUUACCUAAGAAAUUUUCUGUCAGUGCCUUAUCUUAUGAAGAAACAGAACCUCUCUAGUUAAUAUGUGGUUUCUCCUUCCCCGCCCCACCCCUAGGCUCACCUGCAGUCCUUUACCCCACGACUCCCAUUUGAAUGCCAUACCUUGCUGGAAAUAGCGUGUAAAAUGACUGAAGUGGUGAUGCCCGAAGAAGGACUAGAUGCCAAAUUAGAUGGAUAUUGAAGCAACACUCAGAAACCCUAGCGUAAAAGGCACUGCAGCAAAAGAGGUGCACAGAUGGCCCCUCUGAGUAUUUAUUUGUCUCAGGUACCAAUGGUACAUAUACACAGUGUAAUGAUUACCAGGCCAGUAAAAUUGGCUGUUCCCAGUCUUUUUCCUGGCAGUAUUUGGAAUUUAUCAUUUAUUAAUAACUACAUUGUUAAAGGUGGAAGAAGAAAAAUAUAUAUCUAUAUAUAUGAUCUGACAGAAGAAAACUGUUAAAAAUGGAUAUUAUCGGAGGCAAUUUAAGACAAUUGUUGUGAAUUACCAUUCUGAUGAAGAGAGCAAAACAAUGUGUUAUGAGCACUUGCUAAUAAACAUUAUACUGCCAGCA